GUCUAUUCCUCUUUGAUUCUCACGAACCCUAGAAUUGAAUACUGUUAGCAUUUGUUUACCAUUUGUUUGGUAGCGAUUAAAAUACUGUGAGCAUUGUUUAAUCACGUGGUUAAUGGUGAUUAAAAAACUGAUUAAAGCUUGAUGACAGAUGGUUGAUUCUUGGGACUCUGCUUUUGGGGAGAACGAUACAGAGGCUAUGGUAGGGUCAGAUUUCUCCUUGCCUGCAGAAGAUGGAAUUGAGGCUUCUGUUGCUAGAGACAUAUACCGCGUAUAUGACUCAGACGACGCUGAUACUUCUGACGACGAAUACCACGAAGCAAGGUCAAACCUACGAGCCUAUGGGGAGAUGAGGAAAAGGAAGGUUAAGGCGCGGAUUGAUGGCCAUGGGGAGGAGGUCGAGCAGCUGGACGAUUUUGAAGAAGAGGAAUCUGAUGAUGAAGAUGAUGCUUUGGCUGAUGAACACUAAGAGGAAGAUCCUGCUGCCUCUCAUGCUAAUGAACGCGAAGAGGAAAAAGUUGUUGGCUCUCAUGCUGAUGAAGGAGUCUAAGCUAGUGAAGCACCUCAAGUUCGGGAAACAAGGGGAGAAAACUAAAACCACUCGAGUUAUAGAGGAUAUGAAGACUCAAACCACGUCAGGCCUAACCUAUCUGACUCGGAUGGUAGGGACAUAUUUGAUGACGCACCGCAUUAUGAUCCGCUUUGUGAUCAUACUGUUCUGGAGUUUGUGCCAAGGAUGAAGUUUGCUAGUGCUGUGGAGUUCAAGGCUGCUGUCGUCCGUCAUUCUGUAGCCACUGAGGUCCAGAUGAAUGGAAGUCAACCCCCACCCUCGCAGCCUUAGACCUGUAUAUCCAUGAGUCAACUAAUCUUUUCUGUGCAAGGCCAUUAAGCUAUUAGCUACCUCACUAAAGGUUUUUUUGGGAA